CCGAGCCGGACGAAGCGCCUCUGCAACUAGGGGCAAUGUCACUUCCGUUAUCUCCUGUGAACGGAAGUAGGCGGAGCGGAGGGGGGAAAUCGCGCUCCCUUCCGGCGUACCAGCACAGUCGUUGAAGCGACGAAGGAACGAAUAGUGGGUUGUGAGAAUCCCAGAAUGACACGACAUGGCAAGAACUGCACGGCAGGUGCUGUCUACACCUACCACGAGAAGAAGAAGGACACAGCGGCCUCAGGUUACGGGACCCAGAACAUUCGACUGAGCCGGGAUGCCGUGAAGGACUUUGACUGCUGCUGCCUCUCUUUACAGCCCUGCCAUGACCCUGUUGUCACCCCAGACGGCUACCUGUAUGAACGUGAGGCCAUCUUGGAGUACAUCCUUCACCAAAAGAAGGAGAUCGCCAGGCAGAUGAAGGCCUACGAGAAGCAGAGGGGCGCCCGGCGAGAGGAGCAGAAAGAGCUGCAGCGGGCAGCGGCACAGGACCAGGUGCGCGGCUUCCUGGAGAAGGAGGCGGCCAUCGUUAGCCGGCCCCUCAACCCGUUCACACCCAAGGCCACCUCUGGGAACGGUGCAGCAGAUGAUGUCCUGCCUGGGCCCAGCGCAGGCCCAGCCAGCAAGGACAAGGACAAGGCGCUGCCCAGCUUCUGGAUUCCGUCGCUGACACCCGAGGCCAAGGCCACCAAGCUGGAGAAGCCGUCCCGCACUGUGACCUGCCCCAUGUCUGGGAAGCCGUUGCGCAUGUCGGACCUGACGCCUGUGCACUUCACACUGCUCGACAGCUCGGUGGACCGUGUGGGGCUCAUCACGCGCAGCGAGCGCUAUGUGUGCGCAGUGACCCGCGACAGCUUGAGCAACGCCACGCCCUGCGCCGUGCUGCGACCCUCUGGGGCCGUGGUCACUCUCGAGUGCGUGGAGAAGCUGAUUCGGAAGGACAUGGUGGACCCGGUGAACGGGGAGAAGCUCACGGACCGUGACAUCAUCGUGCUGCAGCGGGGCGGCACGGGCUUCGCGGGCUCCGGAGUGAAGCUGCAGGCCGAGAAGUCGCGGCCAGUGAUGCAGGCCUGAGGCGCUGGGCGGCGGGAGAGCCAAUAAAGGCGCUUGGACUCGGCCCGCGAGUGGCGCCUUCUUUGGCUGCGGGCUCCCAGGGUCUCCGCGGGCGAGCGAGCCUUGCCCCCCGGCAGCAUUCAAGAUGGAGUCACUUGUUCGAAAGAGUGACCAAAAACCAUUAAUGUGGUCUCACAUGAAGAGCAAAACCUGAAUUGAACGCAAAAGCACCUCGUUAAAAUUGGUCAAGGGAGCCAGACUCGAAGACACGGUCAGGACCUCACGGAGGCACCACUGUAGUAGCUUAAACAGAAAUUCCCUCCCUUCCUGUGUCGGGGUAGCCACCAAGUUAGGCCAGCCUUGAAGCACGUGCGUGUCCAGCACGAGUCUGCCGGAGUAGAAUGUGAUGACAUAGGGGAAAUAGGUGGGCAGCAGCCCUCCCACACAUGUGAUUUCUAGACGGUGAACAGGAGGAGGAAACCGCAAGUGCAAAGGCCCAGGGGCCUAAAGUGCUUUGCUGGUUAAACAGCAGAGGUAGUGAGGAAGAGACAUGAGAGGGGAGGUAAGAAGGAAGACCCCUUGGAGCUCAGACUUUAUAGUGGACAGUCCCUGAAAAUCUGUUUUAAUAACUGUUUUAUUAUACAAACAAUGUGUGGGCAGUGUGGAAAAUUAGAACACACAACACAGUCAAGCAGAAAUUUGAAAAAUAAAGACCUGACAUUCCUGCAA